AUGGCCUUGUUCCCUGCUAGGAUGCAUGGGUUCGUCACGUCUGGACCUCGUGGGGGCGGGGCUACCCAUCGCCCAUUACCGGCACUGGCGCAGAGUCGCUAUCCGGAUUUCCCUGCAACUCCAUCACGGCUCAUGCCGUCAUCGCAUGGCAGUGCGGGGAAAUGUAUUUUGUUGUUGCUUGAUCGAGGUUGCGCUGUGGAACGUAUCGAAUUGCUCUGGUUUUCGCCUCGAACGACGACAAGACUAGAGCAGAACGAACUUGCACACUUUGAGUCGCAUGCACUGCACGCCUUAAGAUUCGCACCGAAUAGAGAGAUCCACCAUGCGUUCGGAUCAGGCGAGGGCUGCGGGAAGCCAGAAUGCAAGCCGAAAGGGGUGAUAACCUGGACUUCUGGAGAGGAACGGCCGUACGGAGCAGGAACAUUGAAGGAACUGCCUCAAUUCCUGCGUAGAGAGGCAACAAUUGUAUAUCAGAAAACGGUUGAGCUUUGUAACAAAAACACUGCAGAGAUUCAGAAUGAGUCCCUUCCGAUGUUUCUCGCCAAGGGAUUCAAAAGGGAUAUUACUGCUACUGCCAAAGGAUGA